ACUGCAAAACGCAGGUGCUCGGGUCAGACCCAGCGGCCAGGUAGUGAGGCAGCCGAGUGGAGCCCUGCAGCGGGUGAGCUGGAAAAGGGCGCUUGGCGCCGCGUCCCUGCCGCCUCGCCGCUUUCGCUGUCGCCUGAGCGAAGACGUUCAUUUAUUAUUUGGCUUAAAAAUGAAGAUGGGCAGAAGCCCGCCUUGCAAAGUGUCACCGUGCACCUGACCCUGCCAGCGCCUUUGGCAUACAGGAUGCUUGAAGCGCCUGCUGUCUGAAUCCUGAGACGCUGUUGGGUGUCAUCCUUAGACAAAAUCUCAAAUUUGCAUUCUCUGGAGUUGGCCAAAGACAUUAUUUUACCCUUUUCAGAUGUGGAUGCCGAGCCUCAUUAGCAUAUUAAGAUGGCUGUGUCCCGAGACGCGGUCCCCGCGCUGUCCGACUGCCAGUGCCCGAUCUGCAUGGAGAUCCUGGUGGAGCCCGUGACCUUGCCCUGCCGCCACACCCUCUGCAACCCUUGCUUCCGAGCCACCGUGGAGAAGGCCAGCUUGUACUGUCCCUUCUGUCGCCUCCGCGUCUCCUCGUGGACGCGGUACCACACCCGAAGAAAUUCUCUGAUCAACAUGGAGUUGUGGGAGCUGAUCCAGAAACACUACCCCAAAGAGUGCAAGCGGAGAGCCUCCGGGCAGGAACCGGAGGAGAUCGAUGAGGGCUGUCAGCCAGUUCGUCUAUUAAGUCAGCCUGGGGAACUGAGAAGAGAGUACGAAGAGGAGAUAAGCAAGGUAGAGGCAGAGAGACGAGCCAUUGAGGAAGAGGAAAACAAAGCCAGUGAAGAAUACAUACAGAAACUGCUGGAGGAGGAGGAGGAGGAGGAAAGGAGACGAGCAGAAAGAAGGCGAAGUGAGAUGGAAGAACAACUGAAAAAUGACGAAGAGCUGGCAAGAAAGCUGAGCAUUAAUAUUAACAAUUUCCAUGAGGAAAGUAUCUUGGCUUCUCCCUCAAAUUCCAGAAAAUCUGAUCCAGUCGCAACCAAGCUGCAAGCAAAAAAUAAGAACAAACAAAGAAACAUUGGAGAUAUACAGAGGUAUUUGUCACCUAAAUCCCAAUGUGGAUCAGCGUCACAGUCUGAAGCUGGACAGGAAGUCAGGAGGAACUCCAUAUCUAAGGAAGUUGCUGGUAGCAGUGUAAAGAGCCCAGUGCAGCGAGAUGUAGAAGCUGAAGAAAUGCCAACGCUUUCUCCACAAAUGUGCCUGGAGGUUCAGGAGCCAAGUGCAAGGUCUCUGGCGGACUCAGUGAUGCCGUGGCUCUGUGCCUAUGAUGCAGACCAGUGCCUUGAAGGCAAGGUCAAGACAAGAUCAGACAGUCAUGAUGCGGAGAUGUGUGUCACAAAUCAUGCAGGACCAGAAGCCAAAGCUCCCUCUGUAAAGCAUGGGGACAAAGCAGGGAAUGGGGGGACCCUGUCAGGUGGGACCCAGGGGAUUACAGACUGCACCAUCGGGACAAAAAAUGAGGAGACUGACUCACUGCUCAGCAGUGAUGUUUCCAGAAGAAAACACCAGGAGCCUGCCUCUGAAGCAGCCGGGGAUCCCUGCUGCUCUGUGAAAAGGAGGAAAAUGUCCCCCAAAUCCUCUCCAGAUCAAGAGGAAACAGAAAGAAAUUUUACCCAAAAACUGAUAGAUUUGGAACAUCUGCUUUUUGAGAGACAUAAGCAAGAAGAACAGGACAGGCUACUAGCUUUGCAGCUGCAGGAGGAGGAAGAAAAAGAGCAAAGGAAGCCCAGCCACAAGGAGUAUGAGCUCCGCGCAGCAGCAUCCACGCCCCCCAGCAAACUGCUGACCGCACAGAGGGAGGCGUCUGGAGAUCACAGCCUCAAAAGGCAAACUGCCACUGAGCAUCCCAGACUGCGGAGAGGCUCAAGAGAUGAGAACUGGCAACCUUUUAGAGUCCAGAGGAGGCCUUCAGUUAACGGACAAAAGAUGCCAAAGUCUAGCAGAGAUCACUGCAGUGUUCCUAGAAGUGUUCAGUCCCUGCAACCUAGCAACUCACAGAAAAGUAUCUUUCAGAUGUUUCGCAGGUGCACAUAGUAGAGCCUGGGUAAAGAGUGUUUGGGAAUCUAGGAAAGCCAGGGUGGGUGGCACUUUUCUGUGCCGUGGAAUUGCUGUGGGCCUGUCAUUAGGUCCUGCCCUGUUGGCACUUACUGUGUUUAAUUAGAAGGGAGAGCAGAUGUGUUUCUUCAAAGCUCUGUGGUGAGCAAGGCCCCUCUCUACCUUGCUAGUGCCAAGGUCGUAAGUUUGACUGUCCUGGAUGGAGGAAUUCCUUGGCCAGGCCUGAGACUUCAAGUGCCAUUCAAUUCCCAAGAAGUGCAUGUUUUAGGGAUUCUGUUCACCUUCUCUGUGAAUAGUAAUCCAAGCAGGAUCAUGCUGUAGCAAGUAAUUAGGGAAUCCAUGUAUAAUUUAUAUUUAUAGGUUCUUGCUUUCCUUUAUCUUUAUAGAACACUUGAAAUGCCUGUGCUGUGCUGUAACACUAAAGCAAUUAAUUUCUGUCUGUGAUUUAAGUAAAUGUUACGUGUUACAGCAUUUCCUUUGAUUUAAAAUGGAUUAGGACCAAUGUUAAAUCAGAUUUCUAGAAGAUUGAAACUCAUUGACAGAAAGGAAAGUAGAUUCUUCAUGGGUGAGGAGUUAAGAGCUAGGCUGGGGCUGCGUGGAGUAGAUCAGCUGGGUCCAGGUUGGAAGGAGCGGCUGUCUCCGCAAGAACAUCUCCCUCAUCCUUUCUUUGCUAAAUAACUGAAAGCAUUGUGCUUUUGUAGCUUUUCACGCUAUAGUAUUUGAUGUGAGAAGCAAAGUUAGCAGCCAGGUGUGAUGGCGCAGGCCUGUAACUCCAGCACUGGGGAGGUAGAGGCAGGAAGAUCUCCUG